GUUCAUUACGGACGAUCAAUGUCAAUACGGAACCAUAAGUAUAAAUGAAUGGUAUCGCGAUGUGGCAUUUCACAUAUUACUAUUCUAGUACUUGACUGGCAUUCGCAAAUCUGAUCGGAAGGAAACUGGAGAUGAAGAUGCAAGUGAUACAGAUGAUGGUUCUAAUAGGAUGCGGCGUUGCAUUAGUGGACGCAACCGACUGUAGAUACCCAUGCGUCCGCAAACUUGGAACACGAGUGGCAGACUGUAUAGAUCCAUGUGGCCAAGAACCACAGCCAGAAUGCCCGGCUUGUCCCGAUGCAGUAUGCCAGAAAAAUGAUUGUGAUGUUUGUAGUUAUUAUUUCAAAUUUGGAAGAAGUAAGAUUUGCGACUGUGGCAUUGUCGACUGCGCAGAUUUAGACAAGGUGACUUGUGAUGAGGAUCCAUGCUCCGGUGUGGACACUUCAGAUGGUGUCAUUUGCCUUUCCAACAACUGUGGUGGAUGUAAUAAAGUUUGUUACCAGAACUGCAGAAGAUUAUACAGUUGCCCGAUGCUAAAUAAUAUUGAAUGAAUAUUUAAUGAAUAGAAUAAACACAUCAUGAAUGAAAGAUGUAAAAACAA